UCCUAAGACUUCUUGCCCCGUUUUGUUCUGCCGCCCGGCGGAUCCUCUUUGACGCUUGCCCCCUUCCUUGUCUUUGUAGCCCACCAUCACCCAGCCAGCUGCUCCAGCUGUUCUCUCCGCAGGAGCCAUGGAGAGCCAGCGCUGCUUCACAAACCGCUUCACUGAUUACAAAGGCAGCUUGCCGGCCGGCCAGGGCAGCGAGGCCGGGGUGCCGCUCAUCAGCAGGACCUUGGAGAGCAUCCUUCAGCAGCUGCCUGCCCGGGGCGGUGAGGAAGGUGGGCUGUACGGAGGGCAGGCGGGUGUCGCCUACACCCUGUACCACGUCUCCCAGUGCCCGCUCUUCGGCGCCAAGAGGGACAGCUACCUGCGGAAAGCGAGGAGCCUCAUUGAGCCCUGCGUGGAGCACUAUGACCGGGAGCAGGACAGGGAGACCCUGGCGUCCUUCUUGCUGGGAGGGGCUGGGGUGUAUGCGGUGGCCGCCUUAAUCUAUAAGGCGAUGGGGCUGGCGGACUUCACCCAGGCUCUGGAGAAGUUCAAGGAGCUCUGGGGGAUCUGCGUCCCUCUGGGGUUCUUGGAGUGCGGCUCGGACGAGCUGUUCGUGGGCAGGAGCGGAUACCUGUGCGCAGCCCUGGUGCUCAAGCAGAAGCUGGGGACCGAGGUGUUAACAGCAGCACAGAUCAAGUCCAUCUGUCAAGCCAUCCUGGAAUCUGGGAAACAAUACGCAAGGAAAAAAAGAAAACCCUUCCCACUGAUGUACUCUUAUUAUGGCACAGAAUAUCUGGGUGCAGCACAUGGACUCUCUUCUAUUCUUCAGGUGUUGCUUUCCUAUCAGGAAUAUCUCUCAGCAGCAGACAGAGACAUUGUCUGGCAAAGUGUCGACUUUCUUGUGAACCAGGAACAGAACUGCAACUGGCCACCUGAACUUGGGGAAGUAAUAGAACGGGAGAACGAACUUGUCCACUGGUGCCAUGGAGCCCCAGGAAUUGCCUAUCUCUUUGCCAAAGCAUACCUACUAUCCAAAAAGCCAUGCUAUCUGGACACAUGCAUCCGAUGUGGAGAACUGACCUGGCAGAAAGGCCUCCUGAAGAAAGGACCUGGAAUUUGUCAUGGAGUUGCAGGCAGCGCCUACGUAUUUUUAUUACUUUACAGAAUUACUGGCAACUCCAAAUAUAUUUACAGAGCACAGAGGUUUGCUGAGUUCCUGUCUUCAGAUGAAUUCAGAGCUGGCUCAUGCUCUGUUGAAAACAUUUACAGUCUGUUUGAAGGCCAUUCUGGGACUGUAUGUUUUUUGGUUGAUUUGCUGCAACCCAAUCAGGCUGAGUUUCCACUUUUCAGUGUCUUUGCUUAGGGCAGUCUAUGAUCACUUUGAAGUAGAAAGGGGGAUUUAUUUGAGUGUCACUUAAAUCAUACAAGGUGCUUCAUUCAAUGACCUGUCUGAACGAUAACUGCUUUAACCGUGGUUAGAAAUAAAUGGUUUGCUUUAAAAAGGUAUAAUGUACCUGGUACAUGAAAAAAUGCCAAAUUGGAACCAAUGGAGAAAAAACUACUAGUAAGCAAUUUAAUGGGGCAUGUGCAGUAUUAAAUUGAUAUAUUUUUAUAUAAACUUUGGAAACUUCAUCUAGAAUUCUAAAAGACAUCUUGUAUAUAGUAGUAAGCUGAAGUAAAGUGCACAUGAUCACAGAGGGAAAGAAACACAGUGACACCAGUGAUGAGAUAAUUCUUUCAAUGCCAA